AUGCAUCUUCUGGACACGUAUACUGGACAAUUCGUCGAGAAGGACCCGAAAGAUGAGGACACGGUGUAUGCCAUCUUGUCGCAUACCUGGAACCAUGACCCUCCCGAGCAGACGUACGACCAAUUGAAAAAGAUUCAGGAGCAUCCUGAGCUAUCCCCGAAGAUCCGAGACGCGUGCGCGGUCGCGCGUAAGGCAGGAUACCAGUACAUCUGGAUAGACUCGUGUUGCAUCGACAAGUCGAGCAGCUCGGAGCUCUCCGAAGCCAUCAACUCCAUGUAUCAUUGGUACGGGUACGCAGCCAUGUGCUACGCUUUCCUUGCGGACGUCCCUCCCGACGAUGAUCCUCGCGAGAUUAGCUCCCGUUUCCGCCAGAGCCGUUGGUACACGCGUGGGUGGACGCUCCAGGAACUCAUCGCUCCUCUCCAAGUGAUGUUCCUCUCCAACGAGUGGACCGUCAUUGGAUCUAAAACGGUUCUUGCGGACCUUGUCGAGGAGAUCACUGGAAUUUCUGGUGAGGCUCUACUGCAUGUCAAGUCGCUCGACGAAUUCAGCUUGGCCCAGCGGCUCUCCUGGGCCGCCAAGCGCGAGACGACGCGAGUGGAGGACCGAGCUUACUCGCUACUUGGACUUGUCAACAUCAAUAUGCCGACGCUCUAUGGAGAGGGCGCACUCGCUUUUCGACGCUUACAAGAGCAGAUCGUGCAGCGCGUUCCCGAUCAGAGCCUCUUUGCUUGG